AUGGCAGAUAUAUACUCCCUUUCGUAUAGCUCAGAUAGACUGCUCAUUCGGAUAACUGUAUAUGGGACGUUUAUCCUGGACACCUUUUUGACGGUGAUUUUCACCAGACAAGCAUGGCAUAUGUUGAGCUCGGGUUGGGGUCAGGUAUCUGCCUUGGAGCGCAUAACCUGGGAGUACGGCUGCAUCCCUCUCAUUAGUGGCAUCAUUGCUUUCUGGGUUCAGGCCUUCUACGCGCGAAGAAUUGUAGUUUUGGGGAAAUCACGAACCUGGACGGCCAUUGGCAUCCUGAUUGUGGCGAUCGGGUCGCUUCAGGCGAUCAGUGCAAUUGUGUCGGGAAUACUGAUAUUCUCUAUAACCAGUGUCCAGCAGAUUUUUGGAUAUGCAGUUUCGACCGUGCUGCUGGUAUGGCUAUCCGCAAGCAUUGCCACAGACGCCAUGAUAGCGUUCAGUAUGGUCUACCUUCUCAAUUCCGCCCGAAAUAAUAAUAUUGGGUACCAGAAUAUGAAAACGGACAGGCUACUUACCAGACUCAUAAAACUUACGGUCGGAACCAAUGGAGUAACCGCUAUGACAUCCAUCGUCAACAUCAUAGUCCUCCUCGUACUUCCGGAAACAAACUUUUUCGCGUUGAUGGGAUAUUUGAUCUCCAGGCACAUUGUAUACAAACUCUCUACUCGUGUCACUUAA